AAAUUAGGUGAGAGACUCAAGAAGACAUGCGUGUACCUUUGAUCCUCCUUUAAAAGUUCCGUGCGCUGAUUUUUUACUGACGUGGCAUUAGACGAACUAAUCAGAUAAAGCCCGACAAGCGAACAGUCACUUGGUGAUGGGUGUCAUGACUCAGGACACAUGUGUACCGUUGAUCCUCCUUUAAAAAGCUCUCAAGUAUUUCUGACGUGGCAUAUAUAAACUAAUCAGACAUUAUCUUCUUCUCUUUUUUUUGUUUGUCUGUUAUCGGCACUAAUCCAUUAGUUUAUAUCUAAUCAGCACGUUGGGAAAAAGAAAAAAAUCUAAUCAGCACCACUUACCUUCUUUAAUCAGAUUAGGACUUAAAGUCUGAAACACUAUAACUAACACACUACUUAAAAUUAGAACCUAAAAAAGGGGAAUCUUAUUCAUCUUGCUUGUUUCUUCAUCUGAUUCUCCUCUCUAUACUCUUUUGACCAGAAGACAAACCGUGAUCCACGAUGAUCGCGCGGCGGAUCUGGCGGAACCAUCAGUUUCUCCGCCCAUUCAGCUCGUCUUCUUCUGUUUGCGCUCCGCCUAUUCGGGUUCCGGAGUAUCGUUCUCAGUCGUUCUCCUCUCCGACGUCGCGCCCAUUCCUUGCUCCUUCCCUCUCCUUGAUGAAAUGGUGUGGAGGAAGUAGAAGCUGGUAUUCGAACGAAGCCAUGUCCAUAGAUUCAAAUGCGAGAGGAGGGUUCCUUGAUGUGCCACUUGCACAAACUGGGGAAGGUAUUGCUGAAUGUGAGCUUCUCAAGUGGUUUGUCAAAGAGGGAGAUCCUGUGGAAGAGUUUCAGCCGCUCUGUGAAGUUCAGAGCGAUAAAGCUACCAUUGAGAUAACUAGUCGUUUUAAAGGGAAAGUAGCUCUCAUUUCACAUUCUCCUGGUGACAUUAUCAAGGUUGGAGAGACUCUGGUUAAGCUGGCCGUAGAAGACGCCAACGAUGCUCCUCUUCAAGUAUCAUCUGACACUCCAGGAAAUGUAGAACCGAGCGGUUCAAAGCCAAAACUAGACAGUCUUGUUGGAGCUCUGUCAACGCCUGCUGUUCGUAACCUUGCAAAAGACCUUGGCAUAGACAUCAACCUCGUGAUUGGAAGUGGUAAAGACGGGAGGGUUUUGAAAGAAGAUGUUCUUCAAUUCAGUGGCCAGAAAGAAAAUGUAACAGCAGGAGACUCGGUUUCCACUACUAUAGCGAGUAACUUUGAAGAUCAAAUAGUUCCUCUCAGGGGAUUCAACAGAGCUAUGGUCAAGACAAUGACUAUGGCUACAAAAGUACCACAUUUUCAUUUCGUUGAAGAGAUAAACUGCGACGCCCUUGUGAAGCUCAAACACUUCUUCAAAGAGAACAACACAGAUUCCACCGUCAAACACACGUUCCUUCCCACUUUAAUCAAGUCACUCUCAAUGGCUCUAACCAAAUACCCCUUCGUGAAUGGUUGCUUCAACGAGGAAUCGUUAGAGAUCAUCCUUAAAGGUUCACACAACAUUGGAGUUGCAAUGGCUACUGAACAUGGUCUUGUAGUUCCGAACAUAAAGAACGUUCAGUCACUCUCUUUACUAGAGAUAACCAAAGAGCUGUUACGGUUACAACAUUUGGCGACAAACAACAAGCUUAGCCCUGAGGAUGUAACCGGUGGGACCAUAACUCUGAGUAACAUUGGAGCAAUCGGUGGGAAGUUUGGUUCCCCUCUUCUGAACUUACCUGAAGUUGCCAUCAUCGCUCUUGGAAGAAUCGAGAAAGUUCCAAAGUUUAAAGAAGACGGGUCCGUUUAUCCUGCGUCGACAAUGAUGGUUAACAUCGCUGCGGAUCAUAGAGUUCUGGAUGGAGCAACGGUGGCUCGGUUUUGUUGCCAGUGGAAAGAGUAUAUUGAGAAACCGGAGUUGCUAAUGCUUCAGAUGAGAUAAAGAACAGAACAAAGAAGAUUCAUGUUUCUCUGUAAAAGUCUCUUUUUAGUUAAUCCUGUAAAAGAGAGAACCUGAAUUGUAUGAAUCAUCCUAAAAUGUUCGAAUAAGAUAACGUUUAAUGUCUGAAC